UCCGCAAGAGAAAAUUGUUUUAACUCUUUGCCAGGCGCCAGCAGGUGAGGAGAGGAGAAACAGAAAGAGAAAGUUCAAGUUGACAGUCCAAAAGAAAUCUACCAAGUUGGGAGAGAUUCCAUCCAUAGUGCUUUAUGUGGCAGUUUGGAAUGUGGACAUAUGAUGGAAAAUGAGUUGUUAUUAUAGGAUGUUUAUCGUAACAUACUGUAAGCUUUAAUGAGCAGGUAGAGUCAAGGGCUAACAACUAAUGUUACACCGUCCAAGAAGUAAAUAAAACGACCAGACAUGCAUGAACUGUUCACUCAAGUGCUCAGCAAGAAGGAUCUGUCCAAGGCUGGAGAUCUGUUUUCCCUCUCUGACCAAGCCAUUGUAAAUGACCUGACAGAAGUCAUCAACGCCAUUGCAGAGAUUACAAGUCUUCCAGAUUACGUAAACAAUAACAAUGACCAAAGCGUUGUGGAAAUAUGCAUAACAAAAGUUACAUCCGCGAUCAGAGAAACAGGAUCGAUUGAGCAGCAUGCCGAUGCUUUGGUAGCUCUCCUGGAGUCCUGCCUGAACUACAACCUCAAACCCUCUGCCAAGGAUGAGGAUCCUCCACACGCCAAGAUAUCCUCAGAUAUAAUCUCUUGCAUAUUUCUGAAUUACAACAAGAAAGAAGUGAUGAAGAGAGCUCUACCGGUUGCGGUUAAGUUUUUACACAAGGGCAACCGGGAGUUGUCUCGCAACAUGGCUCCCUACUUGUCCUUGGCGGCGAUAGACAACGCAGAUCUGCUGUCCAAGCACAUUCAGCUCAUCAUCGAUUCCAUCAUAUCUGGUAAUUACCCGCUGUGUAGAGUUUUGCCGCAGAUCUAUGCAGUAGCCAAAGAGCCAAUACAUGACCAUGCAAUGGCGUUGGUGUCACUGUUACCUCAGUGUGAUCUGUCCGACAAGUUGGCACUACUGCAGCUCUUCGCACAUAUUGCUGAUAACAAACCUUCUCUGUUGGAAGCAUCGCUGCCACAGCUGUGUGAGUACCUGGGGCCCGCCGCCACAGCCUCAGCCACACUGACCGUGCUGCUGCACCUGGCCAACAAACGAGCACAGCCGCUGGUCGAUUAUGUGCCCAAGAUCAAACAGGCAGCGGAUUGUCACCCUAACACUCUUUGCCUGGCAGCACAAGUCAUCUCUGCAGUGGGCAAACUCAGCAAGGAGAGAGCGGAAGAUGCCCUAAACUUCGUGUUGGACCGACUGUCCACAGCCGACCGAAGUCACCAGAGCACCUUGCUCAAGGAGGCCACCCUCCUGUGUUCCAGUUAUCCUGUCCUCUUCACAGAGAAGAUGCUGGCUCAAGUCUACAAGAACAAGAAUACCUCCAGCUCACAAGUGAACCAGACCUCAACCGGUGUGACGAUUGUGAAGGUGGGUGGCCAGACGAACAAUAACAAUAACAACAUAAAUAACAACAACAAUAACCACAUGUUAAUGAGCAAUGGAACGGCAGUGAAACAGAACCUGGGUCCGGUCAAUCUCCAUCACCUCAACAUUGCUAGGUUAGAAGGUGGGUUGGUGAGCAGACAAGAAGCUAACAGGGUGGUGAUAACACCUCGACCGAGGUUAGGAGGAGACUCCCGUAGUACAAGCAGACUUCAUUCCGCAGCUCAUCGCAGCAUGACCCGGCUCAAUAUAGUGAACAACAGUCGUAUGGGUCUACACAAGAGCAUGACCAGACUGAGCUCCAGCCAGCAGAUCAAUCAGUCGCAGGUGACGACAGUGACAACGAUCAAUGGAGCCCGCCACUACACCUUGGCUCCAGGUCGGGUGACUAGCGGCGGGGUCACGGUCACCACCAAGGCUGCCAGCAACAACAUGUCAGACUCGACAGUGACUGUCAGCACGGCCCAGCCCCUCUCCCUCAACCAUACCACUUCAGUGAGCACGACGCACACGCACCCGCACAGCUCAAGCAGUUCUCCGCUGUCUCAGUCGGUCAUCUCCACACUCCCUUCCAGCACAGCAUUACAUUCUCCAGUAGCGUCAACCACGGGAGCAGUGUCGGUGACCCAGACCCUGCCUGCGACGGUGAUGAGUCAGUCUGUUGUGUGUCCACGCAGGACCAACACCAGCGUCACGCUCAUCAACCAGUCUCAGCACUCUGCUAUCACACAGAGGAUAAGUGUCUUUGAGCCAUACCCUAUGAGAGACACUGUGCAACACUUCUGCGAGAAACACCUGGACAAGAUCAAGGCCUACAUGGAGAAAGUCUCAGUGAGGAUACCUCCUCCUGCCAAGUGUACCAUAGAAGAGAGACGAGCUAAGAAGCUAGCUAAGCUGCACUUUGCGUGUCAGGGACGCGGGGAGCAUUGUCUAUACAGUCGAACAUUUUUCACAAUGCGCACACGCAACCCCCGUGUCUGGAUACAUCUCAUGUUUCUGGCACUCCAGGCUCGCAGCCAAUCGGCUCUAAGCUCCCGGGACUCGUCUGUGUCCAGCCUCAAGAACUGCUGGGACAUUCUCAAGUGUGAGAACAAGACUUUCCUUACUCUCGUCACCUCUGCGUUUCCCUGUGCCAAGGACCAAGAGGCAGUUUUGAAUGAGUUACGACAUACAGGAUUCUGUGAUGUAUUUUCGCAUGUGGUCCAGACCAAUGCCAAGGGUGAAUCCACCAACGUCUGGGGAUGCUUCUUGUGUAACCACCCAGAGCGAGCUGUGGGUUUCCUACAGGAUAGCCAGCCGGUCAUUGAGGGUCAACUGAAGGAGAAGAAAGGGCGUUGGAAGAUCUUCCGGCGGUGGCGGACUCGGUACUUCACUCUCAGCGGGGCCCAUCUUUCCUACAAGGGAUCUAAGGAUGACAAAGAGGUGACUCCGAUCGACGUGCACCAGAUACGAAGUGUGAAGGUCAGUAGAGGAGCACGAAAUAUCCCGAAAGCAUUUGAGAUCUUCACCGGUGACCACUCUCUGAUCUUGAAGCCGAAGGGAGGUAAAAACGCAGAAGAAUGGGUGCAGUGUCUGUCCGUGGUUGUUGCCCACUCCCAGGCUAAAGAUGCCCCGACCAGAGGCUCCAGUCUAGUGCGAACGUCUGUCUGACAAACGAAUUACGACAGGAAGUUCCCAUACCACGGGUCUUUUCUUGAACGAAUUUUGUAAAUGAGUAAAACGAAAUUUCAUAUAUUUCUAUUGAGUGAAUUUUAUUGCUGAUUAUGUAAGUAAAUCGUUUAAUUUUCUUUUGUAUACAACAAAUCCACACAGUGUAACAUAAUUGGCAUGAAACUAUUUGUUACAAGUUGUUUUUGUAAAAAAAGAUGAAAGUGAAAUUAUAAAUUACGAUUUAUACAAAAACUAUAAAAUCCACAUUAUGCAGAAGUGUAUCAGAUACGUCACAAAUUCAUUGUCAUAGUCAAAAAACUAAAAAGGCAAUAACAUCUCAAGCAUUGUGGGCCAAAUAUAGUGAGACAACUUUUCCUCAAUUAAUGGAGAUGGUUUCAUUUAUAUGUAGUGUUGUCUAACUGGAAUUAAUAAAUUUAGUAAUACUGACAGAGAAUAUAUGUAUCAUUGAGUCAGUAUUUUUGGUCUGUGAUUAUAUGGUAAAUACUGAUUGGAUAUUAAAACUCAAUUUCUCACACUUAGUACGUGUUCAAUAUUAAAAAUAAGAUUUCUUAUGCAUGGAAAAUGGCUCAUCAUCUUUGAUAUGGAAACAUACAACAGUCAUCAUGUAGUAAAUAUUUCUUCAAUCUUGUUAGUCCUCAUGGUUCGCAUCGCAUUUUCCCCAAGGUAAAUGAAUUUUCAGUGUUUUUGUAUUUGGUUUGCAAUGAAAAUUUACCAAUUGUAUUUAUAAAAUAUCUAUAUUAACAAGCAGAUGCGUAAGAAUAACGUUUGGGAAGAAGCUCAGAUCCGUUAGAGGGUAAAACUAAAAUACACCUCAAGUCCAAGUUCACACAGGAAGCAGGGUAGCCCUUUGUCUCUAGCCUAAUUUUUUGUUUAAAAUUCUUUAAGAUUGUCUUCUAGUUAUCUAGACUGAUUUAAAAAAAAUGUGAUUAGCUUACUUUGUUAAUCACUAAUGAAUGAAUAGGUGAGUGAUUGUUGGGGUUGGUAAACAAGACUUUAUUCCCUUCUGACUUACAUGGAAAAUGUAUACUUUACCUAGUGAGGUCUUGGAUGAAAAACUCAAUUUUCAAUUAUUUAAGAUGAUCUUGAGUUGUGAUUGAAAUUAGUGACAAAACUUAUAUACUUCUGUAUACCAAAUAGAUAAACUUCUUUAUUUUAUAUAUUCAUUAAGAACAGUAAUAAUUGUUAGACAUUUUACAUAAAUAGUUACAAUCUAAGCCUUGAGACUUGCAUAGUUGUAGUGAGUUGUUAGUUAGUAGUUUGAGUCUUGAUUACAUAAAAUGUUCAUACAGCUAUAAAAUCAUGUUCACCCAAGUAUUGUUAAAAGGGGCUUGUGAAACCAACAGAAGAUAAUUCACUUAAGUAGUAAAAAAGUUUUUUAAAUUAAAACAAGUUCAAAGUUACCUUAAAACAUUUGCUGAAGAAACUCUUGUACUGAAUAGAAUGGUCGUUUCACCAGACAUUUAUGAAGUUCUGUCAUCAGUUUCAUGUAUGUCAGCUUCUUUUCAAAUGUGGUAAGGUGGUGAAUCGGAAGGGUAUACAUGAUGCAUUCCUGGUGUUGUGCUGAUGUACAUGCGCUCCUUGAUAAGUUCUUCCCAUAGACAUAGGCCUACAUGAUCUUUUCGUGGAUGUAAAGUCCAACAACAGUUAGGAUCUUGAGGGUUUUAAACGAUUUUCUACAACUGUCCGUAUUCUGGAGCCCUGCUAUGGUUCUGACCACUUCUUUUGGCAGUACAAGGAUUCUUUGUAGAUUUGACAUUGAUGUAACACCCCAGACAGCCAGGCCAUCCAUAUCUUACAUGGAAUUAAAAAACUGCAAUAUCCCACUAGUGUAGUGUUUGAGUAGCAGGUAGUCUUUAUGCACCUUAAUGCGUAGAGGCUGGUGUUAAGCUUCUUACUGAAGGAGGCCAUGAGAGGUUGGAGUCAAGCGUGAUACCCAAAAAAUUGGUUUCAUUUACAAAGUCAAUAUCGAUAAGGCAGGGUAUUUGUUCUGCUCACCUUCUAAAUGUUAUUUGUGUGAUCUUUGAAGGAUUUACCACCAGGUCCUUUCCGUAACAGUAGCAGAAUAUCAUGUUUAUAGUGUGAUGCAAACUUCACUAAGCAGCAAAGUGGUAUCAUCAGGAAACAUCAACGUUUUGCAAGUGUCCUGUAAAUACUGAGGCAUAUCAUUAGUGAAAAGAAUGAGUAGGACGGGUCCCAAGACAGAACUUAGGGGUACUCCACAAAGUACUGAGAAAGAUUAGAUUGUAUUGAUUUUCAUACCCGAUUCUCUACACAUUUCAGUUCCACCAAGUGACUGAGAACCUUCCAAAUAGCUCUUAAACCAUUUUUUUUGCGAAGUUUGUUACAUCUAAUGCAUCGAACUUCUCUAAGGUUAUGGCCUAAACAGUCAAAGGGUACACCAGUUGUUAAUUCUCUAGCUUCUAGGUUGUCAGCAAUUGUCUCUAUUAGAUCAAUGAUAACUGAGCUUGUAGACCGCCCUCUGAUGUAAUCAUGUUGGGAAUCUGUGACAAGGUUAUGCUAUAACGUGGAUUUGUAUACUUUAUAUAUUCUGCAUUUCACAUGGACACAACCAAAGAGGGCUUUUUCAUUUCACACUCAUUACAUGUUGAACCAAAUCCCAUCCAUUAGCUGUGAACUAUCUUCUUAGGUAUACUUGUAUACUGUAUACCACAGGUGUGUAUGCCAUUUAUUCUUACUAGUAUAGAUUUUUCAGCGUAAGAAAUUAAAGUUGUUAAGUAAAUAAAACAAGUUAACUGUGUGGAAUAAUAAUUGUUUGUUAAGUCUUCACCUGAACAAUUAAAUGCCGUCUUUUUAGGUCACCGCGAGUGGUUUUUGAAACUUGGUACAACUUAAUGUGAUAAAGGAGUGUUUUAAUUUUCUUAUAUUCAUUGUUAUGUAUAUGAAAGUAUUUUGUAUAGUUUUAGAGACUUUUUAGUGCAGUUUUUAUGUGAUCAUUCAUGGUUUGCCCACAAGUAGAAAAAUGUCACUUAAAAGUGACAGUAACGUAGCAAUUCAAACCGUUAUUUCAGUACAUUUUAAACAUGUAUUUUGUUUGUACUUUUUUUAGGUUCUCCUUUUUUGUCAUCAAGCAUAUUUUUAGACAUAUUGUAAAACAGCUACAACUUUUAAAAUUUGUAUAUUUGUGUGAGGUACUUGUCUAAAUGUCUGAUGAACAUCCAGUAGUAAAUAUUAAAUUUUGUAAAAUGUUACAAAUUGUUAUUGAAAAUUACAUUUUUUACCAUUGAAGAGACAAAUUCAUACAUUGAUCAUUACUGCAGGGUACAGCAUAUUAUGUAGUAUAAAUCUAACAGUACAUGUAGGUUUCAUAAAUAUAUCAGGUUAUUAUUCCAAAACAUUUUAGUAAAUACAGUAGAAAUAUUUGUAUUGUUUGGUGUCAUUUUAAAAGUUAAGAAGCAAAUAGGCACAUUAACAAAUACAACUGUAUAUUUUAUUAUAAGUUAUAUAAGUAUUUUAUAAAACUUUAACUUUCUGAGAACGUAAUAUUUUAUUCAGAAAAUAUAAAACAUGAAAAUUCCCCCUUUCUUUAGAACUAUAUCUUAUAAAAUUGAAAACAAUAUGCCCUAAAAGAAUUGAUUGUUGAAUGUUAUACAUUAUAGAGUUUUUGUAAGAAAUAAAUUUUAUGUAAAGUUGAUAAUUUUAUGUUUUAGGAUGAAAUAUUGUAUGUAUAUAGAUAUGUUUUUAGUUUAAGGUUUAUGUAUUGGAUUAAUAAAUACAAGGACAAUUUGGAGAGUAACAAAUGAGUUUUGUGACAGUUUGUAGAAAGAACAAGGGCUAAUUUUUGUACAAAGAGGUGUAGUAUUAAUUGCACAUCCAAUUAAGCCUCUAGGAAAGUUCCACUGUCUGUUCAUAUAAAGUCUGUGUAUCACUUUGAUUAUAUAUACUUACAAAACUCUAAAAAUUACUAAUUUAUCAGUAUAAGCUAACAUUUUAAGAUGGCAGCUAUUUAAAUAGGAGCUUUCUUCCCAAAGGAGAUUUUUAAAUGGUUAUUGAAGGAUAGUGGUUGCAUAUGUACGAUAAAUGAGAUUUAGUUUCACGAUUUAUGAAAUUAUUAUUCAUAAAAUUUUUGCUAGCAAAUAUUGAAUACUGAAAACAACACAAAUAUUCCCAACAGAAUUAAUUUUGAGUGAAGUGAUUUUGAACUAAUUACUCUUUUUACAAAGCAACAAAAAAUAUAUUUCCACUGAGUUAACUCAAAAUGCUCACAGAACCUUGGGUUACUUUCCGAACUGCCCGCUAAUGUAGAAGUUAAAAAGUUUAAGUCUGAAAUGUUAACUUAGAAGCCCACUUUGAAUUUUCUAUAACACGAUUAGAAUAAUGUUAUAGUUUAUUGUAGUAUGUAAAAUUUUGUUUCAUAGAACAAAAAUCUUCAAUAGAUUUAGGUUCUUUGUGAUUACGUGUAAGUAGUUCUGAAAAAAGAGAAUUCUAAAUUGUAAUGGACUGGUAAUGCAUGAGCGCUUCCUUUAUAGUACCACCAAAUUAUUGUAAUAUACUUUUGAAUAAGAAACUAUUUUAUAUAUACAAUAAUUCAAUGAAAUAUGUUUAAGAAUAAAAAAUGUUCUAUUACAAACAUGUAUUUAGUGUUUACCACCGAUGGUUUACAAACUUAAGUAAAAUGCUGUUAGAAAUACACGAGUGGACUUUUUAAAAAUAUAUAUGUAGAAUAUUAUAAUAUGUGUGACAAUAAUUGAAUUUUAAAUUAUUCGGAUAAGUUUAUCAGUGCUGAGCAAUCCAGUACAAUACAACGAUUACCAUGUUUCCAAAAGAUUUGGGGUUUAUUUUUAAAAGUAUCCAAAGAGCAUAGGCCAAAGUAUUUUUACACCCAGUUCAAAUUAAUGGUUUAUAAUUUGUUUGUAAAUUUGACUGAAUAUACUAUUAUGAUAAUUUGGUAUUAAAAUAUAAAUACCUUGUAAUAUUUUGUACACAUCUUUUAGAAACCACGUUUAGAUUGUAGAUUUCUUAUAAACUAGAAUGAAAUGUGAUAUUUUUAUAUAUAUUCAGGCAAAACAUUAAUAUUGAUAGGUGUAUGUAAAUAAUAAAGUUUAUUGUUUUUUGUUUUACUUGCCGUGAUAUUUUUUAUAAUCAUGGUACUCAGAAUUUUUUAUUAAUUUGUUAAUUGCUGAAUAAUUGUUUAUUACUUAACUUUAAUUACAUAUCUAUUUUUACUGAUUGUUAUAUUUUCUGUGAAGUAUUUUUGCACAUGACAUUAUCUUGCCUUUUACUUACAAUUAUUGGUAUAUGCAGGUCUAAAAAUACAGAUAAAGAACAAUUAAUAUUUAGUUUUAAUCCUCAAUUUACAUUUUGCAAAACAAUUUAUUAACAAUUAUUUGUGGUCCUAUAUUUUUCAUAAAAAUUAAGGAGUUAAAACAUUUAAAUAAGCAAAUUAUGAUAUUCUGUGUUUGCAAUAUUUAGUUUAAAAAUAUUAAAAUCUAAACUUCACUAUAUAAUUUACACCAGCCUUAAAUGCAGUGUAAAAGUUAAAUAUAAAUAUAUAGUACAAAUUUUGUUUUCUGCUUAAAACAUUUAAAUUAUUUACUCAUAAAAUUAAAAAAAAUAAAUUUAUAAAAUAAUUGAAUCAGUGUUUUGUAUAAAUCACAAGGCUGAGUAUAGCAAUAUUUUGAAGUAUGUAUGAAUCCUUUAGUUUCUGGGAAUUAAAUAAAUAAUUAAUCAUUGUUUAUUGGCUUAUUCAGUAAUGUAUUUAGCUGUCAUUAUUGUUAGUGUAAAUAUACUGUGAGAAAUAUAAAAGAGGAAAGAAUUUAUUAUUGUAUAUAUACUAAUUCUAGAACUAUGUUAUCUCAUACAAAUUUGAAAAAAAUUGAAAAUUCUUUUUUUUUUGUUAAAAUGAUAGAUUAUUGCCCUAUCGUAAUGUCCAGAGUCCAGUUUUAAUUAUUGAGACCAAUAAUUUUAAAAUGUAAUAUUUUUUGCAAUUAAAAUAACGAAUUUAGAACUUUUACUUUUGUACUAUGUAUGUCUAACACAAACUCCUAACUCCAUCGUUUCUUUUUGUGUUCUUAUAAAUGGAUUUAAUUCAAACAAUAAUUCAAUAGUAUUAUACAAUCAUUUCCCCUGAACACAAAUAAACAAACUUUGCGAUUAUGUAUUGAGUUUGCAUUCAUUAUAUUCUCACCACCAGAGUGCAGGAAAACUUUAAAAACAUCCGACAUUUGGGAAAUAUGAUUCUUCUUUUUUGCAACAAUAUGAAUUUUACAGCAAUUGAAUACUAUUAACUUCUUCCAAAGUUAUUUAAUGUGAAAGUAUUUAAAUGCGUCAUAUUGAUGUCACUUCCGCAGCGGCUUAAUGUGCUGCAUAUGCUAUGUCUGCCACUUCUAGGGUUAAUGGAUUUAAAUUAGUGUGUAGUUUCUAUCAUUCACUAAUAGUUUAAAAAGUUCUCAGUUCUACAAAACAUUAUUUUCUAAGUUUUGGAUAUUUUAGUUAUUUUAAAUUUGUUUUCAAUAAGAUGUUAUAUUAUUUUUAAUUUUAAAACAAUACUUAAUACAUGGAUGUAAUUAUAAAGUAACUUUUGAAAAGCAAUAAGAGUUUCAUUGAUCAAACUUGAGAAUAUGAAAAAUUUAUAAUAUGACAUAGUGUACAAAAAAAAAAGAAAAAAAAAUACAAUAGAACAUUACAUCUGUACUAUAGACAUAUUAGUUAUUUAGUGGUAGAAGAUUUUACAGUCACCAUUGCAACAGAACUCUGAUUUAGAUUCAUAUAGGCAUUGAAUGUUGGUCAAGUUUGAAACUUAAUUAAGGAUUCAGACCAACAUAAACCAUCAUUAAAUUUCAAAUAAUUUGGUGAGAAAGUAUAUAAACACAUUAUAUAUUAGAAAAGCCAGUGCUUACCCAUCUAAAAUAAUUGAUAAAACUAAUAUUGAUCUAUUUUUCCAAUCUGAGUUUUGGUCAGCUCUGGUGGUGUAGUUGGUAAAUUCACAAAGCUUUAGCUCCAUGAAAAUUAAAAAUCUGUUUGAUGGUUGUCUAAAAACAAAAAUUGUUGCACCUAAAAAUUGUUCUUUUGAGGUGAAUGAAGUGUUUUUUUUUUUACGGAAUGUCCAGUCAUUAAAAGUCAUGUGGUAAAUUAUUUUUUCCUGACAAUUUAAAAUUAAUGGUUGAAGUUUAUGUACGAAAGUGGUUCACAGUUAUUAAAUUUUAAUUGAGUACAAGAAAAACUACAAAUAAUUAAUUAUUGUAAAUACAUAUUUUAUAACAAUAUUAAACAUCUGGGUAAGCUGGUGGUUUUAUUAACAAUAAACUCAUUGGUCUCUAACCGUGGUUGUAGAAUAAUAUAUAUAUAAUUAUGCUAUAGAAAUCAUCAUGUAUUUUGUACAUAUCUGAUCUGUUGAUCGUAUACCGAUAGAAGCUCAAUAAUUUUAAUCCCUGUAUUUUAUAUGUAUAUAGUUUUAUAUAUUUUGUACCUUUUUUUAUUCAUUAUCUACGUAUUUUAUUUUGGUGGUUUAAAGGAACCUAGUAAAUUUUCUCACUGUUAUCUGUCUAUCCUACUAAACUUGGUGACACUUUUAAGGUAGUUUGUUAUUAAUAAAUAUUUCUAUUAGGUUAUCACUUCUGGAAUGUUAAACAUUAUGCUGUUGUUUUUAAACUGGCCAACAACAACAGUAGCUUGGCUACUAAGAAUUGUCUGAAGUUAAUAAAAUGUACAACUGUUUCAACCAGCAUAUCUUUGGAAUGAAUCGAGUGUUUCAGAUUUCAAUGUAAUAAUAAUUAGGAUUGAGUAUUACAUAUUGAAUUAUUAGGUUGCUUUGUGUUGCUUAUGGUGGAAGUUAUUAUAAAAUGCUUAUACAGUUUUACCUUUUAUCGGAUUGAAAAACAAUAUGCGAGAAAUUUACAUUAUAUAUUUGUUUUUAAGGAAUAACUUAAAUAAUCCAUACAUUUUUAAUAAAUAGAAUUUUUGUAUUAAUUAUGUGUUGUAAUGUUUAGUAGAUUAAAGAUUCCAAAAUCAUCCAUUACACCCCUGAAGGUUUGCGAUGUAAAAUUAGUUCAUGACAAGGAAAUUAAAAAUGUCCACCAAGUUAAUAUUAAUAUUUAACCUUUUGUAUUUUUUUUAGUAGUGUAAAAUGUCAAUUAUUUGUCUAGCAAUUCUGCACAUAAUUUUCCUUUUGUGCAAGUAAUUUAAGGGUUUAAAUAACAUCACGGAUGUUUUUUGUUAAUUUGUGAAUAUUUACAAAAUUUGCUUUACCUAAGAUUAGAAUAGCCUAAGAUUUUGUGUGGUAGCAUUAAAACCAUAGAUGUAAUGGUACAGAAAUAUAAAAUUACUGAACACAUUCAAGUAUUAUUUUUUUUUGCCUAAGAAAUUGUAUUUUUGACCAUAAAUACACUCCUUUAAAAAUUCAAGAAAAAUAAAUAUACUCAAGUUUUAAGAAAAAUUAAUUCACUCCUCAAUUAUUCAACAAUACAAGUAUAUUAAUAGAAAAUGUUUAAAUAUUAAGAAAACAGGGGUUUUGGAUGAUGUCCUUGACUGUUUUGUUUUUAACUAUUUCAUUACCUACAGUACCUACUAGUACAGUAUGCCAUUUAAGGUUUUAGGGCAGUUUAUUUAUCUUUUACAAUAAAAUAACCUGUAGUUCUGUAUACAAACAUUUCAAAAUUAAUAUUUUACUUAUUCACUUUAGUUUAGAUACAAUAUAAGUUAGCCUGAUCCAAAAAUAUUAAAAUUUCAAUUAAAAAAAUAUCACAACACGAUGUCCUGUCAUACUUGUUUUUCUAGAUUGCUUACUACCAAUAGUUUGUAUCUUUCAUCAUAUUGUUUUAAAAAAAUUAUAAAAUACAUUAUUUUUUUAAGAAU